AUGUCGAAACUUCACCUUGUCAAGCAAAUUGGAGCGGCUAUCACCCAGCCAUUAGCUCAGAAUCUGAUUGCCAGCUACGCAGGAAUCACCACCGAUGCCAAAAAGGUUCCUCGUCAGACAAUCCAGUACCUCGGCAAAAAGGUGACGGACUAUAUCACUGAGGAUCUCGAUGACAUUCUCAACGCCAAGUUUAGCGGGCAUGAAGUCUUUCGAAAGCAGAUACCGAAGGGGUUCAACCUGGAAAAGACCUUUCACUUCGCGUUCAAUCCAUCGACCAAGCUCGGGGGACCUCUGCAGGCAGACCAUAUGCUUCAAGAAGGCCAAACAAUCGAGGUCGAGGCCUUUGGCUGGGCUCUGAGAGACACUGUUAACAAGAAGAUCUACAUCUUCUUCAAGGGCACUGUGUUCAAGAGCACUGAGAUUUUCGCCAGCACCGGUACUGACAAGAUAAGCAAGAUCGGCUUCAACAACGAUGACACGGUGCCGGCCGAUGUUCUCAUCAAGGGCAUGCCUGGCCAAGCCAAAGGGAGUAAUGCUCGCUGGAUGUCGAGCAGCAUGAGAUACGUCGAUGCAAACGGCAAGGAACAUGUGCUGGUCAAGUCCAUGACUGACCAGAUGCGUGAGUAUGCUCAAAGAAAGGACCUGGAGGGUUAUGAGAUUAUUCUGCUUGGCCACAGCGUCGGCGCAACCGAGCUCGCCGUCAUGUAUACCCAUCUCGGCCUCCUCCAGCCCCAUUUGUUGUCUGCCCUGGCCCUCUGCAUUGGGCCGUACCGCUUCCUCUCGAAGGAUGCAGUUCAAUGGAUGAAUCAAGUUGCUCCCGGCCCGUGGGUCAAUAUUAUCAACGGGAAUGACUUCGUCUCUUUGGCUUCUACCAUAAGGGGCAGCAUUGGGACGGGCCUCUUGACUCGGCCGGCCAUUACCGAGGCGGUCAUCCAACAAUGGUUGAAGGAUAACCCUUUCUGGCUGCCCGGUCAAGCCUUUGGCUUUGAGAGCAUCCAAGGCGUCGGCUGGAGCCCAUUUGCCAACCACAAUAUCUUCUCGUACGAGCUGGCACUCCGCCCUGAGAACUUUGGUCUGAUCCUGCCGCUCGAGGAUGGCAUCGAAGGCGUGUUGCGUUUCAAGCCCAAGUAUGGCGAGUUCCAGCCCAUAGAGCCCCGAUCCGAGGAAGAUAGAGCUCUUAUCGCUAUGCUGAAGCAAGAAAGCGAGGGAUACAUCUAUAAUUAG